UUUUUUUAGAAAAUGAAGAUGGUCCCAAUCCCUGAAAAGGCCUAUGGGAGUUUUUUCGAAGGAGACUGCUACAUCAUCUUACAUAACACAAAGACGGCGUCUGGAUUCGCUACCGACCUGCACUUCUGGAUCGGGCGCGAGUCGUCUCAAGACGAGCAAGGGGCGGCGGCUUUCUACGUGACUCAGCUGGACGACACGCUUGGCGGGAACCCUGUGCAGCACCGGGAGGUGCAAGGACACGAGUCGGCCGCUUUUAAAAGCUAUUUCAAGAAAGGCAUCAUCUACAAGAAGGGAGGAGUCGCCUCCGGGUUCAAGCAUGUGGAAACCAACAUGUACAACAUCAGGCGCCUCCUUCACGUCAAGGGGAAGAAGCACGUGUCGGCGACAGAAGUAGAUCUUUCCUGGGACAGCUUCAAUAAAGGGGAUGUUUUCCUGAUGGACCUUGGCAAAGUGCUGAUCCAGUGGAACGGGCCUUCCUGCAACAUUGCUGAGAAAUCCAGGGGAAUGGCCUUGGCCCGGAGCAUCCGGGAUGGCGAGAGAGGUGGGCGGGCUCAGAUUGGCAUCAUCGACAACGAGAAGGACUCCCCUGACCUCAUGCAGAUCAUGAAAGCGGCGCUGGGGGAGAGGCGAGGAGAGCUCAGGGAUCCCACGCCAGAUGAGAAAGCCGAUGAGCUUCAGAAAGCCAAUGUCCGGCUCUACCACGUUUAUGAAAAUGGCAAGGAUUUGGUGGUUCAAGAAAUUGCUACACGGCCUCUUACACAGGACCUCCUACGCCGUGAGGAUUGUCACAUUCUUGACCAGGGGGGCUAUAAGAUUUACGUCUGGCGAGGAAAAGAGUCCAGCCCAGAGGAAAAAAAGGCGGCCUUUAGCCGAGCCGUGGGCUUCAUCCAAGCCAAAGGGUAUGCUCCAACGACAAAUGUAGAAGUUGUAAACGAUGGAGCAGAAUCGGCUAUGUUCAAACAGCUCUUCAAAAAGUGGACCGAAAAAGAGGCGACUCAAGGACUUGGCAGGACACACGCUAUUGGCAAGAUCGCCAAGGUGGAUCAAGUGAAAUUUGACUUCGCUCAGUUGCACGCCAGGCCAGAGCUGGCCGCCGAGCAGCGCAUGGCGGACGAUGCCUCGGGGAAGGUGGAGGUGUGGCGAAUAGAAGAUCUCGAGAUGGCCCCAGUAGAGCCCAGAACCUAUGGGCAGUUCUAUGGUGGAGACUGUUACCUUGUUUUGUAUACCUACAUGAAAUCCAACAGACCCCAUUACAUCAUCUACAUGUGGCUUGGCCGCCACGCCUCUGCGGACGAAAUCACCGCUUGCGCUUUCAACGCUGUAGAGCUGGACCGGAAAUAUGGGGACGAGCCCGUGCAGGUUCGCGUGACGAUGGGGAAGGAACCCCGCCAUUUCCUUGCCAUCUUCAAAGGAAAUCUGAUCGUUUAUGAGGGAGGCACAAGCCGGGCCCAGAAGAGCGAACCAGAGCCUGCCGUCCGUCUCUUCCAAGUCAGAGGUUCGGGGGAAUUCAACACUAAAACCAUCGAAGUCCCCGCCCGGGCCUCCUCGCUCAACUCCAAUGACGUCUUCCUUCUCAAGACCAACCAAGUCUGCUACUUGUGGUGUGGAAAGGGUUGUAGCGGGGACGAGCGAGAGAUGGCCAAGACUGUAGCCGACAUUGUCUCCAAACGGGACAAGCAGACCAUUCUGGAGGGUCAGGAGCCAGUGGAUUUCUGGUUGGCUCUUGGAGGCAAAGCCCCCUACGCCAGCGACAAGAGGUUCCAGGACCCGGCCACCCAUUACCAGCCUCGCUUGUUUGAGUGCUCCAAUCAGACAGGGAGGUUCAUAAUGACAGAGAUUGUGGAUUUCUGCCAGGAUGACUUGGACGAAGAUGAUGUCAUGCUGUUAGACACCUGGGAAGAGCUUUUCCUUUGGAUCGGCAAGGCUGCCAACGACUAUGAAAAGAAGGAGUCUGUUUCUUCGGCCAAGGAGUACCUGAAGACCCACCCGGCAGGAAGAGAUGUAGCGACUCCCGUCAUCAUGGUCAAACAAGGCCAUGAGCCGCUCAACUUCACAGGCUGGUUCGCUGCCUGGGAUCCGUACAAGUGCAGCGAUGGCAAGUCCUACGAGGAGCUGAAGAGCAGUUUAGGAGACGUGUCGGCUAUUUCUGAGAUCACUGUGGACCUUAAAAAUGCCAACUUGAAUAGCCAAAAAGCCAACAACAAGCCGACACCCAAACACCCUGAUUCAGCCAGUUCGGGGGCUGGGCAGAGCCCACAAGCGCAGCAACCCCUCGCCAACAGCAACAGCAGCGGCGGCGUCAAUUGCAACAACAACGGCACCCCUUCGCUAGAGACUCUGGGGAACGGCGCCUAUCCUCGAGAGAUGUUGACCAACAAGAUGAUGGAUGACCUGCCGGAAGGCGUGGACCCCGCCAAGAAAGAGUACUACCUGUCCGAUGCCGAUUUCUGCGACAUCUUUGGGAAGACCAAGGACGAGUUCUACCAGAUGCCCAAGUGGAAGCAACAGAACGAAAAGAAGCAACACGGACUCUUUUGAGCCAAAGAGCACCUCGACUGCUUGGAACUCGUUUCGGGUGGAACCCGACGGGGGUGGACGGAAUCGCUGCUGGUUUGAAAGGCGACCGUGUUCUCCCCCCGACUCCCAGCAUGGGAACGACUUGGAAAAUAAUACUCCCGGAUCAGUGCGGUUGACAGAUGUGACAAAAUUCCAUUCCUUUCCCCACCCCUACUGAAAAAACAGC